CCCCUUGCUUAAUCUCUCCUUGGAAUUUGAAUGAAUAUGGAUGGACCAACAGGUAGAGGCACUAGUGCAGAAACGCCUUUGCAAAAUUACACAAUGGGAAAAACACUUGGCCAUGGUUCAUUUGGGAAAGUGAAAAUCGCAGAGCAUCGACAGAUAGGGUACAAAGUGGCCAUCAAAAUUCUUAACCGUCAGAAAAUGAAGAGCCAUAACAUGGAGAAGAAAGUGAGAAGAGAAAUUAAAAUAUGUAGGUUAUUUGUGCAUCCACAUAUUAUACGACUUUAUGAGGUGAUCGAGACAUCGCAGACAUAUACGUGGUUAUGGAGUAUGUUAAGUCUGGAGAGCUAUUUGAUUACAUUGUGGAGAAGAGAAGAUUACAGGAGGAUGAAGCUAGGAGCUUUUUCUAACAGUUAUCUUUAGGUAAUGAUGGUUGUCAUAAUUGACGUUCUAAAUAAUCGUAUGAUUAUCUCUCUGGAAGAUUAUUUCUGGUGCGGAGUGCUGCCACAGAAACAUGGUGGUUCAUAGAGACCUAAAGCCUGAGAACCUUCUUCUACAUUCCAGAGGCAGCGUGCAGAUAGAUGAUUUGGCUUGAGCAAUGUUAUGCGGGAUGUUCAUUUCCUGGAGACAAUUUGUGGAAGCCCUAAUUAUGCUGCCCCUAAGGUUUAAAUUGAUGUUCAAGGAUGGUUUCCUUUGUAAAACUGUCAAUGUCAAUUCACAGAGAAGAUACCCCUUAAUUGAAGAUGAAGAUUUUGCUGGUUGGCUGAACGAUGAGGUGUAACUUAGAUUGUUAUUGGUGCAAGAGACGUUGAUGGGAUGGGUUGCAGAGAAUGGACGAGUUUGGGCCAUUGAUAUUUAACAUUGCUCUAGCCUUUAGCCCAACUUCCGGGAACUAUUCAGGAUCACUUGCAGAUAUUUAACAUUGAGUUGAAAGCAAAAAUGGAAUCAUAACAGAUGCUCAGCAGGUUGUUAUUUGGAAAUGGAUCACUCCAAAUAUGUUGGGUCUUGUCACACAAACCUUUGUAUAUCAUUGGUCCAUUGAAGGUGAAUUUGAACAUGUGAAGAUGUUUGACAGAAUGGCUAAUCUAGCCAAUAAUCAGAUAAUUAACUACCGAUUUGAUCCUACCGAAAAAUGGUUAGUAUUGAUUGGAAUUGCUGCUGGUUCGGCCGAGAAAUGGUUGAGAGUAUGAAGAAUGUUGCAAAACUUGACGUGGAGCUGAUUGUGGAGGAAAGAAACCUUCUUUCUGUGGGGUACAAGAACGUCAUAGGUUCCCGGAGAGCAUCAUGGCAUAUUAUGUCUUCAUUUGAGCAGAAGGAAAAGUCUCAGGGAAAUGAUCACAAUGUGAAGAUCAUCAAGGGUUAUCGCCAGAAGGUAGAGGAGGAGCUUUCAAAGAUUUGCAAUGACAUUCUGACCAUAAUUGACAAGCACCUCAUCCCCUCUUCCAAGUCAGAAGAAGCGACUGUGUUUUACUACAAGAUGAAAGGGGACUACGACCGGUAUAUUGUUGAGUUCAACCAGGAAAAGAAAGAAGCAGCUGAACAGUCAUUGAAGGGCUAUGAGGCUGCUUCUGCCUCUGCUAAUAUAGAUCUCCCUUCAACACACCCAAUUUGUCUCGGCCUUGCUCUCAACUUUUCCGUCUUCUACUAUGAAAUAAUGACUUCUCCAGAGAGAGCAUGCCAUCUGGCUAAACAAGCUUUUGAUGAAGCAAUUGCAGAGUUGGAUACAUUGAGUGAGGAUUCGUACAAAGACAGCACCCUGAUUAUGCAGCUUUUGAGAAAUAAUCUCACAUUUUGGACCUCUGAUUUGCUUGAAGAUGGAGGGGGCGAGGACAACGUUAAAGCUGAAGAACCAAAAGCAGCAGAGCCAGAGCAUUGAUGAGGUACCCAGGAGCAAUACAAUGCAAUAAUAUGCAAAAGUCCACUUUUUACCGCAAUGGAAUUCUUUGGUUGCAAUAAAGCUCAAGAAGAAGAGGGCUGAUAGGAAGCUCAGAGAGUUGACAGAGAAAGUAGCUAUGUUAAUUCAAUUGUGGGUUUUCUUAUCAUGGCUUCAAGCUGGUUCGUGACAAUUUGACUGGAUAGAAGGAGAUGUUGGAGCAAGCAGAGGAAACUCCCAAGGCUUUUGAUCUUAACACGGUUUGAUACAAUUUUUGCGACCUCUGUCAGAAGAUUUGGAGAUGGGGGAAUAUUCAUUGGAAACUUGAGGAAACCUGUCAAGAAGUCUUACCCAGAUUGGAGGAAAAACUAUCAGAAGCAACGGGUAGGGAGGUUAUGUCGAAUCUUAAUUGCGAAGCAGGUUUGUAUGGUACAACCUAAAGCGAAGAUGUAUAUUCAGUUUGAAUCAAGCAAACUAAGCACUACUUGGGGUUAUCUUAGUGCAAUAGCUUUAUGUGUUCCAACCUUUCGGACGAUAGCUUUGACGAGUGGAUUCUUCCUCAAACCUGAUGCUACGUUUGAUGAAUAUGUGUAUGAUGUUGUGCCUCUCUUCGGCAGCUUCCUUUCCAUUUCAGGAGUUUCCGAGGUAUGCACUCUUCCUGCAUUAGUUUGUUUGUGAGCUCAUGAUUGUGAUUUCUAAUUGAAACGUUCUAAAUGAUGCAAACCAAAUCAAGGAUAGAUUUCAUAAGAGAGAUAAAUCCCAAAACAUGAUACAAGGAGCAAAAGCUCUCAAAUAUCUAUUAUCAAUAUA